CAGAUGGAGAGACAUAUAUAGACAGAGCAGCUCAGGCAGCAGCCCUGAACCCUGGAGUUACUACACAGUUAUGCUGUUGUUCCCUACACACAGACAGGAAAGAGAAAAAGAGAGUGAAAGAGGGGGAUAGUGCUCAUCUACUGGAAAGGAGGGGCAGGGGAGAGUACUUUUCUGUACUUUUCCCAGAAACACGUGGAUGGAACUCACAUGCUGACCUUAUGAUGUGGGUCGCUCUUUGACCGGACUGUGUGGACACGGGUAUCAAAACAGUGAUGACUCAGAGAGCGGAGGAGAUUAAAUUGAACGAAAUACCAACAUUUCUCAAAGGAGCCCAUGUCUCCAAUUGGGUCAAUAUGAUGGAACUCAUGCACUCCCAAAUCAUUUGGAAUAAUUCUGAAAGUAGAAGCCUCUCAAAGGCAACUACCUAUUGGACUUGAGAAAAAGACAGGGUGAGGGCAGGAAGGUUAGCAGAAUGUUUAUGAAUUUCAGAAGGAUCAGAAGAUGUCAAUGUGUGCAGCUGGUGACGACAGGCUUUGUCCUGUCUGUGUUGAUGGUGUGCUGGGUGCAGCUGGACCACCAUAUGGAGAACCGUUACUUGGUCAACAGCUUUGACUUCAUCAACAAGAGCUUUGGCAUCAGCCAGCAGGAGUCGGAAAGCCUGAGCAACUUCCUGUACCUCAUCAACCACCAUGACAAGUGUAACAGCAAUGAUGUGCUGCUGCUGCUGUUUGUCAAAUCUUCCCCAGAGAACCUGGAGAGGAGGCAGGCCAUCCGGGCCACCUGGGGGAAUGAGAACUACAUCCAAAAGGAGCUGGGGGCCAACGUGAGGGUGCUGUUUGCCCUGGGGGUCUACUCCAACCCCCAGCAGAGGGGCAGUGUGCAGAGAGGGCUGCUGGGGGAGGACCAGGUCUAUGGGGACCUGGUCCAGCAGGACUUUGUGGACACCUUUCACAACCUCACCAUCAAACUGCUACUGCAGUUCCGCUGGAGACACACCUACUGCAACAAAGCACGCUUCCUCAUGUCAGCCGACGACGACAUCUUUGUCCACAUGCCCAACCUGGUGCACUACCUGCAAGGCCUGAUCCAGCAGGGGGCCCGGGACCUCUGGGUGGGCCACGUGCACAGGGGAGCCCCCCCUAUCCGCCAGAAGGACAGCAAGUACCACGUGCCUUAUGAGAUGUACCAGUGGCCCUCCUACCCAGACUACACCGCUGGGGCAGGGUACGUAGUCUCAAGGGAUGUGGCUGCCAAAAUCUACCAGGCAACUCUGUUCCUCAAUGCCUCGCUGUACAUUGACGAUGUGUUCAUGGGCAUCUGUGCCAACGCCAUGGGGGUGUCUCCCCAGGAACAUGUUUACUUUUCAGGGGAAGGGAAGGCCCCCUAUCACCCCUGUAUCUACGAUAAGAUGAUCACCUCUCACGGACAUGUAGCAGACGUCCGGCACCUGUGGAAGGCAGCUAUGGACCCACAGAUUCAUGACAUUUCCUCUGGCCAGGUGGGAAAGCUGUACUGCACAGCAGUGAAAAUCAUGCUCCUCUGUAAACCUUACUAUUUAAAUACCUACCCAUGCAAGGCAGCCUUUUCAUAGUGUACUGUUAGGCUGCACAGAAUGUCACUUCAGUCUUUUUCAUUUAUAUUUCAGUGUCUGCAGCUGGUAUCAUCUUCAAAAUAAAGACCAAAGCCAUG